AUGGAGGCCACUGUCAUAGAAGAGCAAAAUAAAAUGUUGCUAAGGCCUUACACUCAGCAGGAGGUGAAAACUGCUCUCUUUCAGAUGGAUGGACUAAGCUCUCUUGGCCCUGAUGGGUAUCCUGCAACUUUCUACAAAAAACACUGGAGGUUAGUGGGUGAUCAAAUCAGCACUGCAGUGCUGCAUGUGCUUAAUGAAAAUGGCAACCUAUCUGAAAUAAAUAGCACCUACAUUACUCUUAUUCCCAAGAAGAAAAGUCUCACCAAAGUCUUUGAAUUCAGACCCAUUUCUCUAUGCAAUAUUGUUGCCUUUGAGGCUUUGCACACAAUGAAGGCCAAGAUGACAGGAAGGGAGGGUUACAUGGCCUUAAAACUCGACAUGAUACCACAAGAAGUCUUUCACCCUUCAAGAGGGAUCAGACAAGGUGACCCCAUCUCACCAUACAUCUUCAUCCUAUGUGCAGAAGCACUUAGCAAGCUCAUUGGCAAAGCUGAGGCAACUGGUGUAAUUAAUGGAGUACCAAUAGCAAGAGGCCCACUUCGAGUAUCUCACCUCUUCUUUGCUGAUGAUAGUCUCUUGUUUUGCAAGGCCAAUGCUUUUGAAUGGGGAAGGCUGUUUAACCUACUGAGAGUCUAUGAAGAAGCUUUAGGGCAAAGAUUAAAUAUGGACAAGACAUCCAUUAUUUUCAGCAAGAACACCUCCAGGUUAACCCAACACUACAUCCUGUCAAUUGCAGGAAUGAGAUCCUCUAUGACCUAUGAAAAAUAUCUCGGUUUGCCAUCCAUUGUGGGGAGAAACAGAACUAAUUCUUUCAAAAGCAUUCUUGAUGCAGUCAGAAGGAAAAUUAGUGGAUACAAAGUGAAAAGUCUAUCUCAAGCUGGGAAAGAAAUUUUCAUAAAAGCAGUAGUCCAAGCCCUCCCCACCUACACAAUGAGUGUUUUCAAAUUUCCCAAGACCUUGUUGCAUUCCAUCAACAAUGUCAUCAAUAAAUUUUGGUGGGGCUAG